CAGACGCACCCAAACUUGCUGUCGUCGAAACAUCCCACGUUUUCAGGAAAAAUGGGGAUCAGAAAUUAUAGCGGAGCUGUAGUACAGGCUAAAUCGUUUGAAGAAAUACGGUGCUCAAUGGUCUUGACGAGUGGAAUACACGAGAUUUUAACAUACAUUCUAUUGCUGAACAUUAUCAUAUCUGUCACUGCAUUCAUUGGAAACACGCUGAUUUUAGUUGCCCUUGGAAAAGAUUCUUCCCUUCCAACACCGUCUCGACUUUUACUCCGUUGUUUAGCAAUAACUGACCUAUGCGUUGCUCUCAUUGUGGAGCCACUCAAUAUCACUUAUUUAACGUCCAUUAUCAAUUACGAUGUGAAUCUUUGUCGAUUUUCAGCUGUAGCAUCGUUCAUGGCAGGUUAUAUGUUAGGUUCAGUGUCCUUACUAACUUUAACUGGAAUAAGCGUGGACAGACUUCUAGCCCUGUUCAUGUGGCUGAGAUACAGAGAAAUAGUAACCGUAAAGAGAACGUUUGUAGUCCUUACAACCUUUUGGGUUCUGUCCUCUUUAGUCUCUGCAACGUAUCUGGUAGGUCACCAAAUAACAUUUUGGUAUGGUCGCAUAGUAAUAACAUUAUGUCUAGUAACCGCAAUCCUCUCUUACACAAAGAUUUUCUUCGCAAUUCGUCGUCAUCAGAUCGAUGUGAAACAACGCACCCAACAACAACAAACCAACCAAACAAUACUAAACAUCGCUCGAUACAGAAAGGCAGUGUACACUGCAUUGUGGGUGCAGGCGGUGUUGGUUGUUUGCUAUCUUCCAUAUAGUAUAGUCAUAGCUUUGUUUAGUCAUGAGAGCAUUUCAUCAUCGUAUUUUGUCUCUUGGACGGUAACAGUGAGUCUGGUUUAUCUUAACUCGUCGUUAAACCCAUUUCUUUACUGCUGGAGGAUUAGUGAAAUUAGACAAGUUGUCAAGGGGACGAUUAGGCAAGCAUUUAACUGUAUAUGGAAUUAGAGCAUUAGCAA